CCGUGGCAGCGUCUCAGAUAGUAAGAGAGCGAGCCGAGCACAACAAAGACCGAAGCAGAAAUAGAAGCAGAGAGAGGAAGGACUGAGCUGGGCGGAGGAUGCUGAGGGGGAGGAGGGUUAAUCCAGAGAAGAAGAGGUGGAGCUGCAAACAGCAGAACAGCAUCUUUCUGCUCUGCUCGGCUUCCACAUUAUCCACAGCAGCAGCACAUGAACGAGGAGCCUUGAAGCGAAGCCAAGCGGACGACUUGUGACAGAAUGUGAGCUCAGCAGGGAUUCAGAGAAACAAAGAUGCUGAGGAGGCACAGAGAGAAGACGGAAACUUGAAGCUUGGUUUGCAGAAACAUAAGUUAAAUGAGGAUGUUACUGAGGAGCUACGAAGCAGCAGAUGUGGGAGAACGUGGACGGCAGGAGGUGAGAGCAAUCAGCUGAUUUUCUGUUUUCAGGCUGGAUGUUACAAUAAAACCACCUCCUCUUUGUUCUACUUCUGCAAACAGCAGGAUGACUUUUAAAGUGUUCUUUCACUCAGUUUCUACCACAUCUGAAUAUUUGAGUUUUUGACCUUUUCUGUCUCCAUGUGAGGCUGAAAGCUGCUUCCUGACGAACCACCGGUUUGUUUACAGCUUCACACCUGGACAGGUUUUCAUUCUUUCCCCUCAUUUCCCCUCCAGACAGCUGCUGUGCUGGCAGGUGGAUGCAGAUGCCGCCGCCUCAUUCCACAUUAAGCGAGUCAGAGCACAUAAACCAGUGGAGCUGGAAGCAUAAAGGAACAAAGGAGCAUGCAUCACAGUGACAGCCUGUAAAUGCCUGCAGCUUAAACAACUAAUCAGAUGAAGCUUCUGUUCUGAACCAUGGCAGACUCAGAGUGAAGAUCCAAACAUUUACACCUGUGGAGGAGCUGCAUCAUGUGACCGGCAUGAAGGACGUGAACACAAACUGCUGACUGACAGUAAGUAAAGUUGGGAUCAUGCUUCCCAUUGGAGCGUCGUCAUGGUGGCGUGUUGUCGUCAUGUUAGCGUGUUUGCAGCUGAGACCCGUCCAGGCCGACAGCUGCCCACUGCAGGUUGGUUGUUUGUGCGCUGCCGACAUCGUCAGCUGCACCGCUCUCAGCCUGCAGCGAAUGCCGGCAGAGAUUCCCGUCUUCGCCGUCACUCUGGAUCUAAGCCACAACCGGAUGGAGCAGCUGGAGGCCGGCAGCUUCACGGGACUCGUCCGACUGGAGACGCUCCGCUUAGCGCACAACCAGCUGACCGGCAUCCGCUCAGGAGCGUUCAGAAACUCCUCCGGGGCUCUGCUGCGACACCUGGACCUCUCGUCCAAUCAGCUGCGUGUUCUGGAGCAGCACUACUUCCAGGAGCUGCCCGGAUUGGAGGAGCUGCUGCUGUUCAACAACCGGAUCGUGCACGUGGAAAGUAGAGCUCUGGCCGGGCUGACGAACCUCCACAAGGCCUACCUCAGCCACAACCGCCUCACCGACUUCCCCUUCUUCUCCAUCCAGAAGUACAGCCACCCUCUCCUGUCCCUGUUGGACCUGUCGUCCAACCGUCUGCCCAAACUGCCCCUGGAGGACAUCUCCAACCUGCCCCCGGCGGUGCAGGCAGGGCUGUACCUGCACAACAACUCCCUGGUGUGUGAGUGCUCCACAUAUGGCCUGUUCAGGUUCUGGAAGCAGAGAGGCUUCGACUCCAUCAGGUUCUUUCAACAGGAGCACAUCUGUCUGGUCUACGGGCAGCAGAGAGGAACUCUGCGCGUCUUCCAGUCUGGACGCUACUUUGAAAACUGCAACCUGACGGCGCUGAAGGAGCAGCAGAGCAGCGUUUCCGUGAAGGCAGGGAAGGCGCUGCUGCUGCACUGCCUCACCUCACUGUCCAGUCGCAGCGUCACCUUCCUCUGGGUGGCGCCAAACUGGGAGUACGUGGUGCCGCCCGGGAACAACGGAUCUCUGAAGAUGUUUGCCAACGGCAGCCUGGAGAUCGUGGCGGCGCGCGAACAGGACUCUGGGAUCUACUGGUGCAUGGCUCUGGACCGGCAGCGGCAGCGAAAUGAGACCUGGGAGGUGAACGUGACCGUGGUGCCGCACCACGACAGAGACACCCACGAGCCUUUCAACACCGGCUUCACCACCCUGCUGGGCUGCGUGGUGAGCCUGGUGCUGGUCCUCAUGUACCUGUACCUGACGCCUUGCCGCUGCCCGCCUUGCUCCAAGCCCCGCCCCCCAGCCACCGCCGCCUCGGGCAACGAGGCGGGGCUGAGCAGCGCCCAGUCCUCCAUCCUCACCCCGACUCCGCCCACCACCACCGAGGGCCCGGGCCGUAAGCUCCAUCCAUCUAACUACUACUCUCUACUUCAACCCUGAACCUCUGAUCCUCUUCCACCUCUAUCUCCUCCACCUGUCCUCCUCCUCUGUUCUCUCUCAGGUCUUUGUGUUCUUUCUGACCGUCCAGCCUCGUCUCCACCAGUGAACAGGUGAUCACAGAGAAAACAGAAACACUAUCCACAGCAGUGACACACUACAGCAACACGCAUGUGCAGAUGAACAUGGAAACAUCCACAAACACGGAAACAUCCACCGCUGUGAUUAAACACUUUAAACUGAUUCUAGUUUCAGUUUUCUUGUUUGGUGUUAAUCCAAAAACAGGAUGAGAACCAUCCUGUAAGAUUCUGACUUUACUCCUUCAGUCUGAUCACAUGGACAGAAACAUGGACUAUGGCAUCACCUGUGGGUUUGUGGACGUUUGUUAGUUUGGGAGUUGUCCUCCGCCAUUUAGUUCUUUAGGAACUGAAGGAAACAAGUAAAUCAGAGACGACACGUCGUCCUAAAACAUCUUCUGCUUCAUCCUCUAAUUUCUUCUAAACUGGACCAUUAAUAAUCAACACCUGAUACAGAGUUACCAUCAUCGUCAUUAUGAAUCAAUAACUGAUAGUUACUGAUAGUUACCAUCAUCGUUGUCGUUAUUAAUCAAUAACUGGUAGAGUAUAGCCUGGCAGAAAUGAUUUGAUUGGUCCCUCUGAGUUCCGGUUGGUCGUCACUAACCUCCUCAGAAGUCUUUGUCAUGGUGCCCGUUGCUGCUAAACUCCCACAAUGCUCUCUGCUUUAACACCUCCACUGGUCUCUACAGGAUUAAACAGGAAGAGGCUUCACCUGGUGGAACAACCAGGAACUACAGCUGAUCAACAAAUACUGACAUUUAUGUCAUUUGUCUGAUCAGUUAAUAUAUUUAACCCAUUAUAAAUUACAUUCCAAACAGAAACCAACUCUUGAGGAAAAUGUUUACUAAAGAGAAUAGAUCACACUGGAUCAUUUUCUCUUUUAUCCAGUCAAAUUUGUGCUAUAAACCAGAGGAGUUGCCCCUUGGAAUGGACUCUGAGAUUUUACAAAGUCUGAAGGAACAUGAAGUGAAAACUGAUUUUAAAGUCCAGUUAAAAGUUUGUCUGUCUGUGGUGAAAUGACAAAGUUUUCUGGACUCACUAACAUUAAAGCAGAGUUUCUAUUUUACCUCUUGAUAAGUGAACAGACUGUGAAGGAUUCCAUCUCAGAAACUGUUACUGUGGGUUCAUCCUGACUUCUGACGGGAAAUUUUCAGCUGAUAUGAAAACAUUUCCUCAACUCUCUGAGAUUCAAUAAAGAAAUCAUCAUGUAUGUAAUGACCAUCAUACAUAUACGUAAUAAUCAUCACACAUGUAAUCAUAUAUGUAAUAAUCAUCACAUAUGUAGAAGUGAUCAUGUUUGUACUAAUCAUCAUAUAGGUAAUAUCACACAUAAUCAUAUAUGUAAAAAUGAUCACGUCUAAUAAAAAUCACACAUGUAAUAAUCAUCACAUAUGUAAUAAUCAUCAUAUAUGUAACAAUCAUCAUUGUCAGGGCUUCCUCCUCACCCCCGUCCUUCCCACCUGACAUCCCCAAAUACCCCUUUUCCCCAUCUGUUUCCUCCCUCUCAUGCUCCUCUCCCCCUCUCCUGCUCCUCUGCCCUGUCUGUCUCUCUCUGUCUCCCAUCCGCUCCUCUGCCCUGUCUGUCUCUCUCUGUCUUCCAUCCGCUCCUCUGCCCUGUCUGUCUCUCUCUGUCUUCCAUCCGCUCCUCUGCCCUGUCUCUCCCCCUACAGCUCGGUGCCUGAGUGGAGUCUAGCUUCCAGCUGACUCCACUCAGGCAAUCAACCACCUCCACGGCUCCCGGACAGCUGAGUGACAUCACACUAAUUACUCACCUCAACAAUAAGAACCGGCUCAUCCUUCCACUCCCUGCCAGAUUGUUGAACCAAGACACCACAGUUCAGUUCGCUUUCUAGCCCUUGUAGAAUCUGUUGAGUUUACCUUUGUCUUACGUUGUUUUCUCCUCGCCCUCAGAUUCAGCUGUCCGGGAUCCCCACCAUCCUCCUUCCCCUCCGGCUCUCCCCAACCCAGUCACUACCAGUUUCUCCCUGCCUGGACCCCCAUUCCUGCCUGGACCCCUUCUGUCCCUGCCUGGACCCCUUCUGUCCCUGCCUGGACCCCCCUGUUUCUGGCCAAAACCCCCCACUACACCAGCCGCUCCUGCACCCUGGAUUUCCCCCCUCCGUGCCAUUAUUCACCCCCCAACAAUAAAUCACUUUCAUUCAGCCAGCCUUGGUAGUGUGGCUUUCUGCUCGGGUCCAACCAGCUCAGACCGUGACAAUCAUAUAUGUAAAAAUCAUCACAUAUGUAAUAAUCAUCAUGAAUGCAAUAAUCAUGACAUACGUAAUAAUCAUCACGUAUGUAAUAACAGUCAGGAAAAUGUGUUUUCACUGUAAUGUUUACUAACGUGAAAAUAAAAUCUGUUUCACAGCU